GCGGAUCGGACGGCUGCCACCGCGGCCCGGAUGUUUCCCUGCCACCAUAAAUGCGCCGCGGCCGUCCUCGCUGCCCAACCCUUCGCUGCGCCGCCGCCUCCGACAUCGUCUCUUCGUCCCCACGAGCAACCGAUAAUCCGCCGGCGCUGAGAUGUUGGUUUAUCAAGACCUCCUAUCUGUGGGUCACCCAAGGUCCUGUUGAUGUAGACAUUGGUGCCAAUCCAUCCGCCGAGGGUGGUGAGGAUGAAAGCGUUGAUGACACAGCCGUGAAGGUGGUUGAUAUUGUUGACACAUUCCGUCUACAGGAGCAACCUCCUUUUGACAAGAAAUCAUUUGUCUCUUACAUAAAAAAAUACAUCAAGAAUCUCACUGCUGUGUUGGAGCCAGAGAAAGCGGAUGAGUUCAAAAAGGGUGUCGAGGGUGCAACCAAGUUUCUCCUUAGCAAGCUGAAGGACCUUCAAUUUUUUGUUGGUGAGAGCAUGAAGGACGAAGCGUCCGUGGUAUUCGCCUAUUACAAGGAUGGUGCCACUAAUCCGACAUUCCUCUAUUUCUCUCAUGGUCUUAAGGAGAUCAAGUGCUAGAUUAGUUACCCAUGUUGGGUACUAUAUAUGUUCUAUUGUUAUAGCCACAACUAUAGCUGCCCUGCCUGAACUGAACUCAGGUUUUUUUUAAGAAAAAACUGUCCAAGAUUGGAUUGCUUGUUAAAGCUAAAUAUUGUUAUUGACGUGUUAUUGCUUAGUUGUCAUUGUCUUUCAGCUAGUCA